ACAAUGUGUAUAGGAGCCCUUUUCUCUUGAGAAUUCUUACGUAGUUUUAUGCUUCACAAUGAUAGGUAGACAGUGGUGAAACUUCGGUAUAUAAGAGGCACCGGUGUCUUCGAUUUCUCCACCAGCUACUCCUAGUCGGAACUUGCAGCCAUGGCCCGCCUCUUGGUAUUGUGCACAUUCGCCGCAGUGGUGGCCUGCGCCAUGGCCUCCAUCCAACAGACCGUACAGAGACCUGGAGCAACAGGAAGACCAGGUUCUGUAGGCGGAGGUGCAUCCUGGGGCUCUGGCGCCUACCCAGGCGGAGGAAGCUGGGGUGGCUGGGGAUACCCCGGAAGCUGGGGCUACCCAGGUAGCUGGGGAGGCUGGGGCUACCCAGGAAGCUGGGGUAGCUGGGGCUACCCAGGAAACUGGGGCGGUAACUGGGGCGGCAACUGGGGCGGUAGCUGGGGCCACCAACAGCAGCAACAGCAGCAAUGGGUGUAAUUCCAUUACCGUAAAACCGGAUGCUUGCCGUCAAGAACUACGGUGUAAUAAAGAAAAUUUCUCAUUCA